CACACACUCAAGUGACUCACUCACGAAUUCAUCUCUCUCACGAGCCACACAGUCGCACGCCACGCCGCCGCAGAUCUCCGGCUCCGCCGCCAUGGAGUACGAGCGCAUUGAGAAGCCGUUCCCCACCCAGGGCGGCGGGUUCUCGCCGAAGCGGUUGCGCGCGAUGCUGCUGGGGGUGGAGAAGCGCCGCAGGGGGCAGGACGCGGAGGAGGACGGCGGGGAGGAGUACGACGCCGUGCCCAAGGCCUCCGUCAGAUCCGACGCCGACGCCGACGCGCGCGGAGGAGAUUACAUGUGCGAAGAAUACAAGGACGUGGAUGUAGUGAGCACCAUCACGGAAUCUUCGUCCUCGCUAGAGACAGGGAGUGGUCACCGAUCGCGAGACACCCACUCCAUGGGUUCGAGGGUCAGGGUGCCCGAAGAGGACUCCUGUGACUCGGAGAGUGUGGCCUCCAACUUUGAAUUCCACAAGGAGCGAGGGGGCUCCGCUCGGUCGGCGGCGGCAUCAGCUGUUCCUCCGUUCUCAAAGCCUGCCCCAUCAAAGUGGGACAAUGCCCAGAAAUGGAUCGCGAGCCCGGCAACAAACCGUCCUAGCAGGGCUGGUGUGGCGCUACCAAGGAAGAUGGAGAAACCUGGCUCUGGUGGCGUGAGACUGCCGGUGACAAAGAUUGUGCUUGAGGCCACAGAGGAGAUAGAUACCAAGAGGAUGGACCCAAGCCAAGAAAAGAGGGAAAUUGGGUGGCAGAAAGCGGCAAAUUGGGCACCUCCGGAUCCCUAUCCAGAAGAGGAGCCUUGCUCAAAGACUGCCCUUGCUGCAGAAAUUACAAUAGCUGAUCCAGCUGUUACUUUUAGUCGUAAUGAUUCAUUCACCACGCUUCAGGGUGCAACAACAUGCAUACCUCCUCCAUCAACAGUUCGGUCGGUGUCAAUGAGGGAUAUGGGCACUGAAAUGACUCCUAUUGCAAGCCAAGAACCAUCCCGGACAGGAACACCAGUGAGAGCAACAAGUCCAAAUUUUUCUCGGCCAACUACUCCACGAAAGACGUUCGGCCCCAACGCAAUUAGUGCUGCUAUCAGCCAUGGAGAAUAUAGCAAUGCAGAAUUAAGCGAACAGGAACUGCAAACAAAAACUAGGAGAGAGAUAAUGCUUCUUGGCACACAGCUAGGUAAGACCAAUAUUGCAGCAUGGGCAAGCAAGAAGGAGGAGGAAAAGGAUGCAUCACUUUCGCUGAAAACAGUGUCAAUGGACCAAUCGAUCCAGAACAUAACUGAAAUCCGUGCAGCUGCAUGGGAGGAGGCGGAAAAGGCCAAAUAUCAAGCAAGGUUCAAACGAGAAGAGAUCAAGAUCCAAGCAUGGGAGGAUCAUCAGAAAGCCAAAAUCGAAGCUGAAAUGAGAAAAAUUGAGGUUGAGGUGGAGCGGAUGCGUGCCCGUGCGCAGGACAAGCUGAUGACCCAGCUCGCAUCGGCGAGGCACAAUGCAGACGAGAAGCGUGCCGCCGCGGAGUUGAAAAGGAACCGCGCGGCUGCAAGGACGGCCGAACAGGCGGAGUACAUCAGGAGGACCGGCCGGUUGCCGUCUUCCUUUGGCUGCUGGAACUGGUGCUCGUAGAGAGCAUGCCAUUGCAAGCUCUCUCUCUCUCUCUACUUCCCUGUCUGUGAAGCAUCCUCACCUGCUGUUACGGUCUACUAGCGAAUGAAAUGAAUCUGGUUUUGCCAAGUAUUUCCCUUCAGUCGGUUCAGUAGAUAUGUCACAACAGAAGGGGAUGAAUCACUUGUAUCUCUCUCUCUCUCUCUCUCUCUCUACACAUAAGAUGCGAGCUUCAAGCCUUCUGUGUUGUGCAGUUACUAUAAGUGUCACAGAUGUAACGAAUUCAUGGUUAAACCUCAAGGCCCCAGUUCGAAGAAUUGCAGGCUGUUCUAUCCAUGUUCAUAGCACACACUGUAAUAGAGGUAGCGCAGCCACUGGAUGGAGAGCCAACCUCCUCUUUCACCUGAGUUGAUAACCAGAUCAGGAGCCUUCUAGUAAGCAUUCAUCAGAGGCUUACUCUUCAGUUCAAUUCACAGAAUGGAGGC